GUUUCAGGAUCAGUUAGAAGCCUCUUUAUUUACCCUUAGUUUAGUCAUUGAAGCACUUUUAUUGGAUAGACUGAACACGGAUAGUACCAAGUUGGAUGGCCAAAUGACAAAUGGUGUCUAUCCAGUGCAACAAUAUAGGAUAGCCAAGUUUGGGAAUAUAUGACCAAAACGAUGUUUUUGUCUGUGGGCACUAUCGCAAAGGGUUGCAUGGUGUCCUGCACACUCAACAAGAUUUGAGUUUAUUUUUUAAACCUUUAUUCAAACAUUUAAAAAGCUACGCGUGACAUAGAAGUGGAUUGCGCUCAUUUCGGUGCGGGAGAGCAAUAAAGGGGUUAAAGAAAGAACAUUGGAAAGUGUAUCAGUAUGGAAGAAAAUGAUCAUAGCAACAGAGAUGAGGAACGUCAAGUGUCGGCGGAUGAGUCAAACAGAGCGAUACUUCCCCUAUUACAAGCACCGGGAAACAUUCAGCAGAUCCCGCAUCGAGUCACCAAUUUCUUCAUCGAUAAUAUCUUACGGCCGGACUUUGGGCGGAAAAAAGAAGGCAACACAGAGCAAGAAGAAAAUAGUCACGUUACCAGAGAGAACCAUAGCCCGGCUGUUCCAAGAACGGAGCAAGUGGGGAGUACUGUGCCAACGGAAGGAACUUCCACUCCUCAUCCAGGCGGCGUGGCCAAUAAGGCUGAAAUAGUGACCGAAGAGCCCCUGAAACCCCGCGGAGAGAAUGGAGAUCAGUGCCUAAGCUCGGACUCGGAUAGUUCUCAAGCCAGCUCAAAUGUACCAUCCAAACAGCCUAUGCUCUGGCCAGCUUGGGUGUACUGCACCAGAUACUCAGACAGACCAUCAUCAGGACCGAGAUCUCGAAAACCAAAGAAGAAAACCGCCAGCAAAGAGGACAAGCGACCAAGGACGGCCUUCACAGCUGAACAGCUUCAAAGACUAAAAACCGAGUUUCAAACGAACCGGUAUUUGACCGAACAGAGGCGACAGGCCUUGGCCCAAGAACUCGGUCUUAACGAAUCUCAAAUCAAAAUCUGGUUCCAGAACAAAAGGGCAAAAAUCAAGAAGGCCACGGGCGCAAAAAACACCCUAGCUCUGCACCUGAUGGCACAGGGACUGUACAAUCAUGCUACGACGUCAAAAGAUGACAAAUCAGACAGCGAUUGAUUUCGAGAUACAGAUAACAAUGCAAUAAUUUCACAGAAUAAAGGGCCAGUGUAUAGAAUAUACCAGCAUAAAUUGAUCAAUAUAUAUAGAUAUUUCUGCAAUAUCAUGUCUAUGAAAAUAUGUUGUAAAAAAAUGUAUGUUUUCAAUCUCUUGUAACGUGUGUUGUUUUUCUUCCAGGAAAAGUACAAAUGCUUAUUAUACGCUUCAUUUUAUAUUGCUAUUCAUUUUCGAUUUUUACAUUAUAGCGCUUUAAACUGGCACUUGACGUUGAGAUCUGUCAGUGAAGUGAAAAACAACCUGCUUAAGUCCAAAGAAUAUUUUCUGCUGCAUCCAGGCAACUGUGAAUCUUAAUAAAUUUGCUGACAAGAUAUUUUAUUUCCAUGGUUGUUAUGGUUUUAUUGGGGUUGAGUUUCGUGUAAAAAGGACAUAGUUUUUGAGUGUCAGUGCUGUGCAGACUUAAUUGAAAAGUAGAUGGAUUUUGAUACUAUUUUUUCGAUAAUUCGUAUUAUCACAGAAGUGAUUGGUUAGCAAUGUUUUGGUUAGCAGACAGAACACCUAAAUUGCUAAUACGUAGGAUAGCCUAAAAGCAAGUUCAUUUCCAUAAACAAUUAGCGUGUUCUGUGUUAUAUCAAUGCACCCGAGGCCUCUAUACAUAGUUUUUGAAGAGCAAUAUAAAUCAUAUUUUGUAGCAAAAUGUUUUGAAUUAUUAUAAUGCUGCCUAUAACGCGAGAGACAACUCUGUAGCAUAAUGACAAUGAUGACAAAACGUUUCGUGCACUCUUGGCUGAAAGUAUUAUAGGUCUAUUUUAUCAAAAGUAGACACAAGGUAUCGGAGCAUAUAGUCUAUAUACAUCCCAUGGAACUCAUUCUCUAUAUACAUUUUUAUUUCAUAUACAUAUCCAUGAAUAUCAUUAAACAGGCGAAAUCGUUAGUGACUGUAUAACAAUUGUUGAAAAUCUCUUGUAUUGUUGUUGAAAGGACUUCAUAUGUGUAUUUAUAUAGAUUAUAUUGAGAGAAGAAAAAAUCUAUCAAAUGACCGGUGUUGCUUUAGAGUAGACUUCUGAGGUUUUUACACGGCUUCUUUAUCUUGCAAUAACUUUUUUUCGUGAAUGAAAUUGGUUUAUGGGGCCUUUGCAUGAAAGCUGCAAUUUGUUAUACUUGGGCAAAUAACUGUGUUUAUAAACUUUUUUUUUGUCGACGAGAGUAUGAUCGAGCUAAGUUUUAGACUGUAUCCAUACCAAAUUGUGGACUUUUGCCUUUUAAUUGUUUUGUUGUGUAUCUGGGAAAAGUGUGUGUGAAUUAAAAUCCACCAAACUGAACACACUUUGCCUUAAAGUUCAAGUGAGAACUGUUUAUGAAACAGAACUGUGCCGAAUCAGAGAAGCAGUAGCCUAUCACUUCAAAAUGCAGACUAUUGAUUCAAGAUUAUUGCCUUUAUGAAAAACUGCUGGUAUGACAUACAGAAUAUAUUCAUCAGCGAAUAUCUAUCUAUAGGCCUAGGCUAAUAUGUUUAAAUGAAAUUACAACACGGAGUUGUAUUAUUAUACAAUGUUAUUUUUAAUUAUUUUAUGUUCAAAGUAUUCUUUGGUAUAAUGUACAUCAUUUGUAUCAUGUAUGUAUUCAUUAUGUAAUUAACUUCCUCCUGAAAAACUGGAAAAGAAAAGUAAAUAAACCUCGAAGAUAAUACAC